ACUGGCUUCAAGGUUGGUAUCAACUACCAGCCUCCCACUGUGGUUCCUGGCGGUGACCUGGCCAAGGUGCAGCGGGCUGUGUGCAUGCUGAGCAACACAACAGCUGUUGCCGAGGCCUGGGCUCGUCUGGACCACAAGUUUGACCUGAUGUAUGCCAAGCGUGCCUUUGUUCACUGGUACGUAGGGGAGGGGAUGGAGGAAGGCGAGUUCUCGGAGGCGCGGGAGGACAUGGCUGCCCUAGAGAAGGAUUACGAAGAGGUGGGGGCGGAUAGCGUUGAGGGCGAGGACGAAGGAGAAGAGUAUUAACUUGCCUCGUCUCUUCCCUGUGCUGUCACUUCAGUUCUGUUUUCUCUGUUCCUGUAAAACUCUCCACUGUCCUGUAGCCAUUAAAAGUGCUCUUCCUACUC